AUGGCAGCCGCCGCUCCCAAACCUGUGAGCGCCUGGCUCGUACUGGCCAUCGGCAGCGGAGCCUGCGCCGCCUUCAACGGCGUGUUCGCGAAACUCACGACGACGUCUCUCACGACAAGCUGGUCGCACGCGCUCCUCUCCUUCUUCAACCUCACCCCGGACAACAAGGUCUUCGAGUUCGCGUUCCGCGGCGUCUUCUUCCUGCUCAACCUGCUCUUCAACGCCAUCAUGUGGGGCCUCUUCACGCGCGCCCUCACCCUCGCCUCGUCCACCGUGCGCGUCAGCAUCAUCAACACCUCGGCCAACUUCAUGAUCACCGCCAUCCUCGGCGCCCUCGUCUUCGGUGAGUCCCUGCCGGGCCUGUGGUGGCUGGGCGCCGCGAUGCUGGUUGCUGGCAGCGUCAUCAUCGGGAGGAGGGAGGAGAAGACGAUCAAGGGGACGGAAUCGGCUGGCGGCGCCGAAGGAUUGGUGGUUGGCUCGGGGAGCGAGGAGGAGAGGGAGAGAUUCUUGGAUCAUACCGACGAGGCUGAGGAGGCCGACGACGAUGACGCAGUGGAGCUGGCGACAGUGCCAGAAGUGGGAAGCGAGGACGAGAGCGAGCGUCGGAGAUAUUCUUGA